CGUCGUCUAGCAAUCAGUCAGUACAGGUUUGCCUUGCGUCUCGAAAGGUAUGCGUUUUCGUUCGGUGUGAGCUUUCGAAUGAGUGCAGUACGCGAAGGUUGGGUCUCUCUUUUUGUUUUAUCAUUACCAGCUUAGGUUUUGAACUUUACAGCAGUGAAGUGGUUUAAGUUGGAUCGUGUUGGGAAAAUGUGUGAUUUACACUGGUAGAACAUGAUUACCUUCGAUUAUUACCAGCGGAUCCAGUAAACGUACGAAAUGCGUCUCUCAGCAAGGAUUAAAUGUUUCAGAUAUUUGGUGUACGCGUAUAUUGUUUUGAUUUCGAUUUGUGGUGGCGCCCAACUGGUUAUUGGCACGUUUCUACUAUGGACUCAUCGGCAGUACUCCACGAUAGUCAACGACCAGUUUUGGGAACCGUUUGUGGUCAUCAUUGCGCUGGGAAUGGUUUCACAGUUGAUCUGCUAUCUCGGAUGGACUUCAACGAGCAAAAAGCAUCGAUGUUAUUUAGGAACGUUUUGUGCAUUCCUAGUGCUACUAAUUGUGAUCCAGUUUCUAGUUAGUGGUUGGGCGGUAGCAACCAAAACUCAGCUCAUCGUACCCGCCGAACUGGCCAUCGAGAGAAGUUUUGAGAACUUCAUCGCACUGAAGGGUUCCACCACUGAUCAAACGCACAUCUGGAAUCGAUUACAGCGGGAUUUUCAAUGCUGUGGCAUCAACAGUGUAUUCGACUACAAAAAACUGCCAGAGGUGGGCGUCCCUUGGUCCUGUCACGACUCUAGUAACAACAAGGUACACAGCACCGGCUGUAUGCACAUGCUAGUUAAAACCAUCGAGUUCAACAUGAUCAGAGUGGCAAUCGUGGCCAUAGUCGCUGCAUUGAUACAGAGUCUUGGCAUUUUCUGUGUUAUUCAGCUGGUAAUGCUACUCAAGCGGCCGAAACUGACGCUUCCCAACGGGGAUAAUCAUUCGCUCCGAGUGAAAAGAACCCAGGAGCUAAUGCCACUGUCAACUACCACCACCACCAGUUCCCAUACGAUGAUGACACCAACGAUUCCCACGUUGUCGAUGUCGGCACACAGCAGUACAAAGCCUCCGAUUGCACAGAAACCGAUCGUGCCUAAGAUAGAACAUCCCAUUAUCAAAUAACAUCCGUAGUGUGUGGGGAUCCAGCUGCAUUUUUAUUUCCAUUCAAUUAUUUGGUUUUCAUCGAUUUUCGAUCAAACAACAGCAAACACAGCCAUUUCGUCCAUAUGUUCGUUAUUAUAACUCCUAGCUUUUAAUGAUAUACGAGUACUUAUCAUUGCGUUUGACAUAAGUUUAGGUCGUAAGGUCCAUCGAUUGCGUUGUUAUCUCGUUUUACUUUAUCUGACAACUGCAUACUGUAAAUGUAUCGAUUUUAGGUUCACGAGUAGGUUUGUACCGCACUCGAGCGGAAUCGGAUUAACAUACACAUUUAUGAUAACUUAGGAAGCAGGAAAAAUUUCGAAUAUUAAAGAAGAUUAUAAAGGAACUAAA